AUGGAAGGGGGUCACCAAACUGCAAGCAAGGCCGAAUUCACAGAAUGCUGGAACAGAGCAACAGGUUCACCAUACAUUAUGCGCCUUGCUUUAUCAGCUGGCAUUGGAGGUCUUCUAUUUGGCUAUGACACAGGUGUGAUCUCUGGAGCUUUAUUGUACAUUCGAGAGGACUUUGAACAAGUUGAAAAGAAAACAUGGCUACAGGAAACGAUUGUAAGUAUGGCUGUUGCAGGAGCCAUCAUUGGUGCUGCAUUCGGAGGAUGGAUGAAUGACUAUUUUGGGCGAAAAAAGUCGAUUUUAGCGUCUGAUGUUUUGUUCUUUGUUGGUGCAAUAAUUAUGGCUAUUGCUCCAGCUCCCUGGGUCAUCAUUGUUGGGAGAGUAUUAGUUGGUUUGGGAGUCGGCAUGGCAUCCAUGACUGCGCCUCUAUACAUCUCAGAAGCUUCUCCUCAUAACAUCAGAGGAGCUCUAGUCUGUGUCAAUGGUUUGCUUCUCACAGGAGGACAAUUUCUGUCCUACCUUAUCAAUUUGGCAUUCACCAAGGCACCAGGAACAUGGCGAUGGAUGCUUGGGGUGGCAGGAAUUCCUGCUGCGCUUCAGUUUGUAUUAAUGUCGUCCCUCCCUGAAUCACCCAGAUGGCUCUACAGACAGGGGAAGGAAGAGAAGGCAAGGAACAUCCUGUUGAGAAUCUAUCGGCAAGAGGAAAUUGAAGAGGAGAUAAGAGCGAUGCGAGAGUCCAUUGAAGCUGAGAAGGAGGAAGACUCGAAUGGGAAAAAGAAUUUGGUAAAAAGAUUAAAGGAUGCCUUUAAAAAUGAUGUAGUUCGAAGAGGUCUGUAUGCUGGCAUCACUGUUCAAGUUGCUCAGCAGUUUGUGGGCAUUAACACACUCAUGUAUUACAGCCCAACCAUUGUUCAGUUUGCUGGAAUUGCCUCUAACUCCACAGCUAUAGCUCUCUCUCUCAUUACAUCUGGUCUCAAUGUUGUUGGCACUGUCUUGAGCAUGGUAUUCAUUGAUAGAUACGGAAGGAGAAGACUAAUGCUCAUUUCCAUGGUUGGAAUAAUUGUGUGCCUCAUCAUUUCAAGCGCUAUCUUUUACCAGGCAGCUAAACAUGCUCCUGCAGUUAGUAACAAGGACACCCUCGGUUUUGGUGCCAACUUUACAUGCCAGGCUUAUACAAAUGCCCCUAACUUCUCUUCGUGGAACUGCAUGCAAUGUUUGCAUGAAAAGUGUGCCUUCUGCGCCAACAGCGACAAUGAAUACCAUCCGGGUGCAUGCUUGUCUGCAGAAAAGAGUAUAAGAGGAGUGUGCCGUGCAAAUAAUCGAGUAUGGUUUUCUCAGGGUUGUCCAAGCAAAAUUGGAAUCCUAGCUGUGGCAGUGUUGGGAUUGUAUAUCCUAGCAUACUCUCCAGGAAUGGGAACAGUGCCUUGGGUUCUGAACUCAGAGAUAUACCCGUUGAGAUACAGAGGACUAGGUGGAGGUAUAGCUGCAGUUUCCAACUGGUGUGCUAAUCUCAUUGUGAGUGAGUCAUUCUUAAGCAUGACUGAGUCUUUAGGUGCAGCCGGCACAUUCCUACUUUUUGCUGGGUUCUCCGUGGUUGCAAUUAUAGCAAUUUAUGCAUUAGUGCCUGAAACCAAAGGCCUUCAGUUUGAGGAGGUAGAGAAGUUGCUUCAACAAGGCUUCAAACCCUUCCCAUUUAACAAGAAAAAGAAGGACCACAUGCAAAAGGUGGAUAACAACUAG